AAGCUAAUGAUCAAAGAUCAAAUAAACUUGCGUGAAGAUAAAGAGUAAGCUAGGAACCUACAAAAUAAAGGGGACGUGGACUCAAGUAAUUACAAGUUAUGUUGAUGUACCUUUGCUUCAACGUGUGGAUAUCACACUCCCUCCUUCCCUACCAAGCUUCUCUAGUCUCUCUCCAAUCUUUAACCUUCUUUAGAUAACUAGGACUCUCUCUCUCUCUCUUUCUCUCUCUUCUCCUUGAUAUUUUUGCUCUUUUAACUUUCUUCAUUUUAGUCUAACCCAAAUUCCAAAUUUUCAGGGUUCUUACAGAAUUUUAUAUGAACAACCUUUUUGCAGGAUAAUUUGUUUAUGGUACACCAACAAUUUGAAACUCUAGAAAACAUAAAAAAGAUCCAAUCUUUGGCAAAAAAAUGGCUACUUUUACCAAAAUGAACGCAUACCCAGAUAUUCAUUUGCCUUUUAGACCUGAAAUUUGUCAAAGAAGUUCAGUUUCUGGCACGUUUCCUGAUGUGGGUCGAUAUAAGAAAGGUAGAAGAAGAAGGUGUUGGGAAGUUUGCCGGGCUUUUAAGGAAGAAGGGAAUGAGAUUGAGGAGAGAGAAAGGGAAAAGAGAGAAUUGAGAAUGUUGGUGAAAGUUAAAGGGAAUGGAAAGGAAAUUUGUAGUUUAAUUAAGGGUGGAAUUGUGAGAUUGUGUAAAUUUCCUGCAGGGGAUGAAAAUAGAGAUGCAUUGGCUGAACUUGAAAAGGUUCUUUUCUCGGCUGCUCUUCAUGUUGGGAGAUACAUUGUAACAAUGAUGAGCACAGGAGUUGUUCUGUUAACUGGAUUUCAAUUGUCAGGUGGUGAAAUGACUGACUUGAUCUGGUAUAGUUGGCUUGGAGGUGUUAUAAUUGGGACUAUGGUUGGGGCUAACAUGGUUUUGGAUGAACAUAGUCGAGCUGGUCCAAGGAAUGUUGUAAUCACCGGAAGUACUAGAGGUCUUGGUAAAGCACUUGCUAGAGAAUUUCUUCUUUCUGGAGAUCGAGUGGUAGUGACUUCACGCAGUGCUGAAUCAGUGGAUACAACUGUCAAAGAGCUUGAAGAAAAUUUAAGGGAAAUGGAAACUAUAAAUUCAAAAAGUCUGAUAUAUGCAAAAGUUGUAGGCUUGCCCUGUGAUGUUUCCAACCCUAAUGAUGUGAGAAAGCUAGCGAAUUUUGCCGUAGAUGAACUUGGCUCCGUUGACAUUUGGAUAAACAAUGCGGGAACAAAUAAAGGUUUCAGACCCUUGUUGCAGUUCACUGACGAUGAUAUCAAGCAGAUAGUGUCGACGAACUUGGUUGGGUCUAUUAUAUGCACCCAAGAAGCUAUGCGGGUAAUGACGAAGCAGAACAAAGGGGGCCACAUAUUCAACAUGGACGGUGCAGGUUCCGGGGGCUCCAGUACCCCUUUGACAGCUGUUUAUGGAUCAACAAAAUGUGGUCUACGGCAACUUCAAGCGUCACUCUUGAAAGAGUGUAGGCGAACCAGCAUAGGUGUCCAUACGGCCUCACCUGGCAUGGUGCUGACUGAGUUACUGUUAAGUGGUUCCAGUCUUAAAAACAAGCAAAUGUUUAAUAUCAUAUGUGAGCUUCCAGAGACAGUUGCUAGGUCCUUGGUACCACGCAUGAGGGUAGUGAAAGGCAGCGGAAAGGCGAUCAAUUACUUGACACCACCAAGAAUUUUGCUUGCUCUAGUUACAGCAUGGCUACGAAGAGGUCGUUGGUUCGAUGAUCAGGGAAGGGCAUUGUACGCUGCUGAAGCUGAUCGAAUAAGGAAUUGGGCAGAGGAUCGCACACGUUUUUCAAUUACUGAUGCAAUGGAAAUGUAUACAGAAAACACUUGGGUUUCUGUUUUCUCCCUAUCCGUUGUCUGUGCUUUCAUCAUCCUGUCGAGCACAGGCAGCUCAUUCCCAGGUACUUGAAUAUUCGAGAUCUGUACGAGCAAGAUAAUGCUAGUUUCCCUUAGUAAGCUGACUAUUACACCAAGCAUACAAGAGAUUAGUCAUCAAAAGUUUGUUGUUCUACCGGGUUGGACAAAAAUCCCCGACUUGGAAGGUGAUCUGUAUAGAAGUUGAAUGCCGGGUUGAUUUUAUAUAUUCUAGAAUUCUUUAUAAGCCUCUCUUGAAUUGUGUAUACAGAUAUUAGAUGGGCUAUAACUAUAAGCCUUAACUAUGUUUCCAUUGUAUGUAAUUAAGUUGGGCAUUAUAUGGCUAUUUAAAUUUUUUUUUUUUUUUUGCGAUUAUUUUUUGACAA